AUGCCGUCGACCGGCAAGUUAGCACCGCCAUCUUGCCCCGCCACAGAGCCGACCGACGCGCGGGGCCCUGCAACCUCGCGCGUCCUGCGAAGCCAGCGAGAAAACGGCACAUCGCCUUCAGAUGUCAAGACGCAGCUGCCCGUCGCGGAUUUCAACUCCCCAGCUCCCUCUUCCAAACUUCCCUGUACCCCCCCCCCCUCCUCCUCUCCACCCCGCCCACGGGAUCCUCCAGAAAUCGUGCUUCUCCCCUUGGCCCUGGACCUGCCCCUGGCCCCAGCCUCAAAGCCAGCUCUUGCCACCGCACUCGGUCUAGGUCCAGCCUUAAACAGCCCUAGCCCUACACCUAGCCUUCGACCGAGCCUCCCAUCUCUCCCUAUCCGGAGACCUAGCCCGAGAUCGAGCCCUACACCUAGCCCUAUCCGCAGACCUACCACUACCCUUACCACUAUCCCUAAACUUCUAUCUACAUCCCACCGUCCCUACCCAUCACCCCAAGCCCGAGUCACACGCACACCCCUUACGUCAACUAUACCCUAA